CGCCGGGACGGAGCUUCCGCGCCCCGGGCCCCGCCGCCGCCCGCCCUGCGCCCCCACCCCGGCUCCCUCUGCCCCGCCCGCUCCUCCGCCAUUUUGUGGCCGAGCAUUGCCCGCCGAGGACCGGCGCCGCGGCGGAGCUUUCCGCCUUUCCCCCGCCCUCUCGCUCUCCGAUUCUAUCGGCGCCUCGGCCCGGCCCGGCUCGCGCAGCCAUGUCCUCCGGCGCCAGCCCCGAGUACGCCUCCUUCUUCGCCGUGAUGGGCGCUUCGGCCGCCAUGGUCUUCAGCGCCUUGGGAGCUGCAUAUGGAACAGCAAAGAGUGGCACAGGUAUUGCAGCCAUGUCUGUCAUGAGGCCUGAGCUGAUCAUGAAGUCCAUCAUCCCUGUGGUCAUGGCGGGUAUUAUAGCGAUCUACGGCCUUGUAGUGGCAGUGCUCAUUGCCAAUGCCCUCUCACCUGAAAUCACGCUAUUCAAGAGCUUCCUUCAGCUGGGCGCUGGCUUGAGCGUGGGUCUCAGCGGUCUGGCUGCUGGCUUUGCCAUUGGCAUCGUGGGCGAUGCAGGUGUCCGGGGCACAGCACAGCAGCCCAGGUUAUUUGUGGGGAUGAUCCUCAUUUUGAUCUUUGCUGAAGUCUUGGGUCUCUAUGGCCUCAUUGUUGCCCUUAUCCUCUCCACGAAGUAAAUGUUGCGGUAUGAUGUAAAGAGAUGUAACAAAUCUACGUUUAACAAAAAAAAAAAAAGCUCCAGAAUGAAAAUGGUUUCUCCAAUGUGUACAGUUGUCCCAAUUUGGUAGUUGAUCUCUUGUAAAUGCGCAAUAUAUGUUAGUGACUCGUCUGUCCUGUGUGUACUUCAAUAUUAACUUGGAUGGGUUGCUCCAGGCCUGCUGCAUGGCUUGGGGUGGCCCGUGUGCAAUUUUCCACCCAUUGCUGUUAGUAUUUUAUGUAUAAAUAUGAACUAGAAAUGUAAUUUUUUCUCUUCACUGGAUGUUUAUUUAUAAAAGACUUGACAUGUUCAUACAUCUAUGGAGCAAGGAUUUUCAAUUUCCCAUGCUAUAUAUAUUAAUCUUAUAUAUAGGUAGAUUACACUGUGGGGUAAAUUGUAAGUGCAGAGAAUUCCUUGGAUGUAAUUUUGAUUCUAAAGAUUGCUGUAGUGUCCUGGUAUUGGAGUAUGAGAAUUUUGUGUUUUAUUACAGCAAUUGUCCGAAACACUCCCGUGUUUCAAUAGUAACUGCGUAUGCUCCGGCAUCAGUCGUGCACCCAGUGUUGGGUUACAAACUUCUACCAUGUUUCCAAAUAAAACUUCCUCACUACA